AUGGCGUCCUCGCGGGUCGCAUUACUGUGGCCGGUACUGUUGCCUUUUACGGCGACAGCGGCUUUACUGGUUCCCCAGCAGGUCGCCGUGGUGGAGGCGUACGCGGAGAAGUGGCUUAGCGGCGCUCUACUCCGCGGGAAGGUGGUGACCACCAGCCGAGGAGAGAGUGCAGACGGCCGCGGCGAGGAACCGGAGAGCAUGGAAGGAGAUUUAGUUCUGAUUCAGGACGUGGAGCCGCGAGUGAGCAGAGAUGACAUGGAGAAAGGAGAGCUUUGGAUCGGAGUGAUGCCCGUGGAGGACCACCAAGGGGCUUUUGGGAAGAAGCAGAAGUCUUUUACAGAGUCGGUGGUCAGCAAGAUGAAGCGAGCGUUGGUGCUCGGAGCGUCCGCACUCAUCAUCCUGGCUCUCAACCAAAACACAGUCAGAGAAAUGGAUCUGUCUCAGGUUCUGUCCAAGCCUGUUAUCAUCAUCCAAACGUCGGAGAACGUCACCAGGCUCAUCGGAGCGCUGCUCAAGGGCCUCCACGCAUCAGCAAAAAUUACGUUCUCAAAAGUCCUACAUGACAAUCUGGGCGCCACGCUGACACUGUGGUCGAGCUGUGGCCGCUCCAGAGGGGGGCGCUAUGGCGAGUGGCAGGGUGUCAUCUGCACGGGGGAGACAAAGUCACAAGUGCAGAAGAACCUACAGCAGCUGUGGGACACCAUCCUGUGGGUGGUGUUCAUUCUCAGCACGGGCGUCAUCCUGCAGGCACGCCGACUGAAUCGCGAGCGCCAGCUCCACGACAACAUGGAGUCCUUUCCUAAACAGGACGUCCUGAAGACUAUGUCCUCCCUCCAGACCAAAAUGUACCAAAUGCCCAAAGUGCGGCACGACGAGACUGACAACUGCGCCGUCUGUUUGGAGCCCUUCCACCAAAACCAGCGUCUUCGCGUUUUGCCCUGCCGACACGAGUACCACCAAGAGUGCGUUGACCCCUGGCUGCUGUUACGUCAUACCUGCCCGUUGUGCAAGCGCAGUAUCUUGGGUGGCAUUUGCAGGAGCAGUUAG